AGAGUCCAAAAAUCACACGCUCUUCUUAGAUCCUGUUGCUUUGAAAAUUUAUCCGUCCGCAAAAACCACCUUGGUCCCUUACCUCUUAACCAAACAAGUCCUAUCAACUUUUCCUUGUCAGGUCCAAUUAGUUUCUCGGGUUGGUUCGAAAUCGAAGCCCAAUUCUCUCUUCUCUCCCUCCUCCGCUGCUGCAAAACCUAGAUCGUUCUCAGGCCGUCGGAACUCGGUCUCCGAGCUUCUUAUUCGCACGGAGAUCGCGUCUUCGCUACCGACUGAUAGGGAAAUUAGGCACUAAAACCAAGUCAAGCCAACGGAGGAUGGGUUUUUUUGAAUCGUUGUUCACCAAUCUAUUAUGUUGGACAAGUUCUGUUGCUUUUAUUUUCUGCGAUGUGGCUUCUGAUUAAUUGAGAAUUAAUGAUGGAAAAAUCGCUCUUAGAGUUGUUUCUUUUACUAUCAAAUUCUCCAAACGUGGAUGUCAUUCUGCUUUAGGAGAGGCGCAAAUAGAAUCAGGUGAUGAUGCAAUUCACCUGCCUAGACAAUGUGGAAAGUCGUGAAUUCAGAUAGCAGGCUGGUUGUACUUGCUACACUCAUCCUAUUUUAUGCAUGUAGGCAUUUACUUUUUGAACCAAGAUGGCAACACUUGAAGAGAACAAUGCUCUGGUAAUGGUUACUCCAGAGGCACAACCUAACAAGCGGAGGAAAAAGAAGUCCAUGGUCUGGGAAUUCUUUACAAUAGAAACAGUAAGUCCUGGAUGUAGAAGAGCAUGCUGUAAGCAGUGCAAGCAAAGUUUUGCUUAUAGCACAGGUUCCAAAGUAGCUGGCACCAGCCAUCUCAAACGUCACAUUGCCAAGGGAACCUGCCCAGCACUAAUACGCAAUCAAGGGAAUCAAUUCAUGCCAUACACCCCAGGGAGUGGAAAUGGCACUGCAUCUGAUACACCUAAACGUCGCCACCGAUCUCCUAGCUCACCCUACAUUUCAUUUGAUGCAGACCGUUGUCGUCAUGAAAUUGCUAAGAUGAUCAUCAUGCAUGACUACCCACUUCACAUGGUUGAACAUGGUGGGUUCGUAACUUUUGUUCAAAAUCUUCAGCCCCGAUUUGGCAUGGUGAGCUUCAAUACUGUCCAAGGGGAUUGUGUUGCAACUUACUUGAGGGAAAAGCAGAAUGUAAUGAAGUUUAUUGAAGGAAUGCCUGGACAUGUUUGUCUUACAUUGGACAUGUGGACAUCAAGUCAAAGUUUAGGGUAUGUUUUUGUAACUGGACACUUCAUUGAUAGUGAUUGGAAGCCACAUAGGCGGAUUCUCAAUGUUGUGAUGGAACCAUAUCCUGAUUCAGAUACUGCUCUCAGCCAUUCUGUUGCUUGUUGCCUUUCUGAUUGGAGUUUGGAAGGCAAGCUAUUUUCUGUUACAUACAAUCGUCCAGUGGGUGAAUCUGGCCUUGAAAAUCUUAGAUCUCUGCUUUGCAUAAAAAAUCCCCUUAUUCUUAAUGGUCAAUUAUUGAUUGGGAAUUGCAUUGCACGUACUCUAAGCAGCAUUGCAAAGGAUGUGCUAUGGGCUGGGAGGGAUGUUGUUAAGAAAAUCAGAGACAGUGUAAAGUAUGUGAAGACUUCAGAAUCCCAUGAGGAAAAGUUUGUUGAGCUUAAGGAACAACUUCAAGUGCCCAGUGAAAGAAGUCUAUCUCUAGAUGAUCAAUCUCAAUGGAACACAACAUAUCUGAUGCUGGUGGCUGCAUCUGAGCUGAAAGAAGUAUUUUCUUGCUUGGAUACAUCUGAUCCUGAUUACAAAGAUGCCCCAUCCAUGGAACACUGGAGGCGGGUUGAGACUAUAUGUGCUUGCUUGAGACCUCUUCGUGAUGCAGCCAACAUCCUUACCUCCACAAAUAGCCCAACUGCGAUUACAUUCUUCCAAGAAGUAUGGAGGAUCCAUAAUGAUCUGGCUCGUGCUGUUGCAAGUGAGGAUCCCCUUCUCAGUGGUUUUACCAAAGCAAUGCAAGAAAAGAUCAGCAAAUAUUGGAAGGAUUGCAGCCUGGUUUUGGCAAUUGCUGUAGUCAUGGAUCCCCGCUUCAAAAUGAAGCUCGUGGAAUUCAGUUUUUCAAAACUUUAUGGCGAAGAUGCACCCACAUAUACCAAGAUUGUUGAUGAUGGGAUCCAUGAGCUCUUUCUUGAAUAUGUGGCCCUUCCUUUGCCUCUAACUCCGACUUAUGCUGAUGAAGGAAAUAGUGAUAACAACGUGAGGACAGAGGACCACCAGGGAGCUCUCCUGUCAGACAAUGGACUCACAGAUUUUGAUAUGUACAUCAUGGAGACUACUGGCCAGCAGAUGAAGUCAGAACUGGAUCAGUACUUGGAAGAGUCAUUGUUGCCCCGUGUGCACGAGUUUGAUGUGUUAAGUUGGUGGAAACUGAACAAGUUGAAAUACCCAACUCUUUCAAAGAUGGCUCGAGAUAUUUUAACUAUUCCAGUAUCGACAGCUGCUCCAGACUCUGUAUUUGAUACUGUGAACAAAGAGCUGGAUCAGUACCGUAGUUCUCUGCGACCGGAGACAGUAGAAGCGCUGGUGUGUGCCAAGGACUGGCUUCAGUAUGGAUCUGUUGAAGUUUCAAAUGGACUUGUGAAAAUGGAGUUUUAGAUGUAGGGUUUGUUUUUCAUGGUAUCAUGUGUACGAUUGUAGGUGUAGUUCUAUAAUUCAGCAUUAGUUUACCUCCUGUAUCAUUGGAAAGAAUAUUGUUUGGAUGCUCGGACAUUGGAAUUCUAAUUUCCAGACUAUAUUGUCACGAAGAUGAAUCAUCUGUUGCUUUGUGCGCGGGCUUUGGUUCACAAAAGAUGGGGAUAACUUAAUGUUUCUGCAGAAUUGCUAGUUGGAAAGGCUAUGUCCUGUGAUAAGAGUAUAGUUGUUUUAUUA